CAGUUCAUCUUCAGAUUUCUUCUUGUAAAGACAUCUCAACUACUUCAAACCAUUCAUAAUGUUCAAGAUCCUCGCUCUCAUUGCCUGUCUGGCUAUCGUCGCCUCGGCCCAGUACCAUGGAGUGCCCGAGCACAAGGAUUACCACGAUCAUCCCAAGUACAAGUUUGAGUAUGGCGUAAAGGAUCCCCACACCGGUGAUCACAAGACCCAGUGGGAAGUGCGUGAUGGCGAUGUCGUCAAGGGACAGUACACGCUGCACGAGGCCGACGGUACCGAGCGCGUGGUUGACUACAAGUCGGACGGUCACAACGGAUUCGAGGCUGAUGUCAAGAAGGUCGGACAUGCCCACCACCCGAGCCAUCCGGUCCAUGCACCAGUCCAUCAUGCCCCAACUCACGCCCCAGUGCAUGUGCCGGAGCAUCAUGUCCACAACGGAUACUCGGGCGCCAGCUACGUCAACGUCGAUAAGUACGUUAUAUGCAAGGUACUUGCCCUCAUUGCCUGCUUGGCUGUGGUCGCCUCGGCCCAGUACUACGGAUCCGCAUACGAGCACAAGGAACAUUACGAUCACCCGAAGUACAAGUUCGAGUAUGGCGUAAAGGAUCCCCACACCGGUGACCACAAGACCCAGUGGGAAGUGCGCGAUGGCGAUGUCGUCAAGGGACAGUACACGCUGCACGAGGCCGACGGUACCGAGCGCGUGGUUGACUACAAGUCGGACGGUCACAAUGGUUUCGAAGCCAACGUGAAGAACGUUGGACAUGCUCAUCACCCGCAAGUGUACGGAGGACAUUCUUCCCACGGACACCACGACUACGCCCAUGGAUCGGGAUCCAGCUACACGAAUCUGGACAAACAUUACUAAAUC